AUGCCCCUGGUGAGCUACAAUAUUAUGCUCAACAUAUAUGCUACUGCAGGACUAUAUUGUGAAGCAGAGGAACUUUUCCAUGCCAUGCAGAGAGAUGGUUGGUCACCUGACUCUUACACUUACCUUGCCCUGGUUCGAGCUUAUACCGAGGGAUUGAAAUACUCUGAAGCAGAGAAAGCCAUCUUUUCAAUGCAAAAGCAACGAAUUUCCCCUUCCUGUGCUCACUUUAACCUCUUACUCUUAGCUUUUGCGAAAGCAGGUUUAAUUGCAGAGGCUCAAAGGGUUUAUGGGGAACUUAUUGCGGCAGGAUUAACUCCUGACCUCAAAUGUAAUCAGAAUAUGCUUAGAGGUUACAUGGACUAUGGUCAUGUGGAAGAAGGUAUCUCUUUCUUUGAAAGAAUUUGUGGGUCUGUGGAACCAGACAGGUUUGUUAUGAGCGCUGCUGUGCACUUUUACAAGUUGGCUGGCAUGGAACUCAAAGCUAAAGGUGUUUUACAUACCAUGAGUAGUAUGGGCAUUCCAUUACUGAAAAAUCUUGAAGUUGGAUCGAAGAGAAGCUCCCUGAUAUGUCAGAAAUAA